AUGAGAAGUCCUCAAAAUCUGAAAGAAGUACAACGGUUGGCAGGUCGGUUUACGGCAUUGUCGAGAUUUCUCCUAUGUCUCACCGAAACAGUCAAACCAAUCUUAAGUUUACUGAAAAAGGCACACAAGUUCGCAUGGGCGGAAGAGUGUGAAGCGGCUUUCCAAGUAUUGAAGCAACGUCUUGGAACACCUCCAAUCCUUUCAAAACCUAACCCUCAUUCAGACCUCAUUGUCUACUUAUGCGUUUCACAUGAAGCCAUCAGUGCGGUGUUAAUACAAGAAAGUGAAACUCAAAGGCCUAUCUAUUUUGUCAGUCGAAUGCUGCAGGAUUCGGAAACAAGAUAUCAAUUACUUGAAAAAGUAGCACUUGGCCUCGUUCAUACGGCACGCAGGCUUCGGCAGUACUUUCAGGGGCAUAAGAUCGUUGUACGCAUUGAUUGUCCAAUUGCUAAGGUUCUGAGGAAACCAGAGUUAGCGGGACGGAUGAUGGCAUGGUCUAUCGAAUUGUCAGAAUUUGACAUAUCAUUCGAACCAAGAGGUCCGAUCAAAUCACAAUGUUUGGUUGACUUCAUCAAUGAGUUACAGCCAACCGGACGUUUCGAGAAUGAUCAGUGGACGAUUCAUGUAGACGAUUCGUCUAACAAUCAUGGCAGUGGAGCGGGGAUAAUUCUGGAAGGACCGACAAGCUUAACACUUGAGAAGUCACUUCGUUUCGCCUUUAAAGCCUCCAAUAACCAAGCCGAAUAUGAGGCACUCUUGGCUGGAUUACAACUAGCUCGGGAGGUAGGAGUUCGAAAACUUAUCUGUUGGACUGAUUCAAAAGUUGUGUCAGAGCAGGUAAAUGAUAAUUUUCAGGUUAAGGACGCCCAUUUGUUAAAAUACUAUCAUACCUUCCGAAACAUGUCCCAACAUUUCGAGGAGGUUGUUGUGAAACACUGCCCCCGUGAAAACAAUGAAAGAGCCGAUCAGCUGGCUCGGUUGGCAACUAGCAACUGCAAGCCGGGGCAACUUCGAACUACCCUUCAUCUUGAGCUUUCAUCACCAAGCGUGGACAUUACUGCUUGUUUGGCAAUUUCCGAACCACCUAUGACAUGGAUGACCGAUAUCGUGCGCUUUAUUACCGAAGGCAUUCAACCAUCAUGCCCUUCGGCAGCCAAAAAGUUGAGAACUCAAGCUGCAAGAUUUUCAGUCGUAGGGGGAGAGCUUUAUCGAAGAGGCUUUUCAUCUCCGCUACUUAAAUGUCUCGACCCCGAACAGGCCAACUACGUAUUAAGGGAAAUUCAUGAGGGGAUCUGCGAGUCUCACUCGGGGAGCAGAAUGUUGGCAGCAAAAGUUCUUCGGGCCGGUUACUAUUGGCCAACACUCAAAACUGAUUGCAUGGAUUAUGUCAAAAAAUGCAUCCAGUGCCAAAAGCAUGGCAACUUAAUACAUGCAUCAGCCGAGCAACUACACUCCAUCAGUUCGCCUUGGCCAUUCGCCCUUUGGGGCAUGGAUAUACUAGGGCCUUUUCCUCUUGCCAAAGGACAAUGCAAGUUCUUGCUAGUUGCAGUUGAUUACUUUACCAAGUGGAUCGAGGCCGAACCACUCGCCACUAUCACAACCAGUAAUGUUCAAAAAUUCCUUUGGAAGAGUAUUGUUACGCGUUUCGGAAUCCCCUAUGCUAUAAUAACUGAUAAUGGACUCUAA